AUGAGUAGUUUGCAAAGGUAUUGUACGUUUGAAAAUGAAACAUUUUUACCAAAUUUGCCAGUACCAUCCUUAGCUUCAACUGUUCAGCAAACUCUAGCUGCUUUAAAACCAAUCAUUAGUGGUGAAGAGUAUGAGGAGCUAUUAAGAGAGGCUAGUGAAUUUUUGGAUAACAAGUUGAUCCAGCUAAUUCAACUGCAUCUUGUUGCUAUUGCCGAAAACCAUAUGGAACACAAUAAUUAUCUUCAUGUCGUUAAUAACCACAUGACCCCAGCUAUUUACAGUGUUAGUAAAUCUGAUAUUUUGCCGAAAAACCCGUAUCUUAUCCUAGAAGAUGACCCUUAUUCAAAGACUAUCCAUCCACCCAACCAAGCUGAAAGAGCUGCUAACUUGGUCAACUCUUCGUUGAAAUUUAUCGUUACCUUGAGAAAUGGAACUUUAAGACCCGAUUUUACGCCAAAAAAUAAAGUUCCCUUGACUAUGUCCUGUUAUCGGAACUUAUUUGGAACUUCUAGAGUUCCCGAUUUCAAAGGUAAUAGCUCAGAUGUUACUAUGAGAAAAUACAGCGAUAUAAAUGAAUCAAGACAUAUCAUUAUUAUUGCUAAUAACCAAUUUUACAAAUUGGAAGUUAUCACCAAGUAUACUCAAGAAGAAUAUCAAGAAACCAAAUCAAAACACAAGAUUCUUUUCCAUGAUCACGAGUUGGCUGAUAUUUUCGAGAGAAUCAUUGAAGAAGCAGAGCUUGUUGAUGCAGUUGAAUCCAUCAAUAAUGCUGUAGGUUCAAUUACAAGUCAAAAUUUAAAAGGCUGGAAAGCUGCAAGAUUUGAAUUGGAAAACUCAAAUAGUCAACAAAUGAAAAUGAUUGAUGAUGCAUUGUUUGUGUUGAUUUUCGAUUCAAAUUCACCACAAACUGAUCAAGAGAAAACUUCGGUAAUAUCUCAUGGUACUUCUGUGUUAUCAGAUAUGAAUGUCCAAAUUGGUACCUGUACUUCGAGAUGGUAUGAUAAAUUGCAGUUGGUGGUUGCUAAGAACUCCGUAACUGGUAUCGUUUGGGAAUCUUUGACUAUGGAUAGUACAGCCAUCUUGAGAUUCAUUAGCGAUAUUUACACUGAUUCUGUUUUGAAGCUUGCCAAAAACAUAAAUGGCUCCGAAUAUACUUCGUUUGAUACAAAUGUUACUUAUGCACCCGUGGGAGACUACAAACCGGAACCAUUUUUGAUUCCAUUUACCAUCACCAAGGAGUUGCAACAUAUUAUUCAUCUUUCUGAAACCCACUUGGCCGAUCUUAUUAAUCAACACGAUUACAAAACUCACACUAUUAAAUUGCAAACUAGUCUUGCCAAGAAAUUCGGAUUAUCUGUUGACUCCAUUUUGCAAAUAUGUCUUCAAAUUACAAAUUAUUCAUUAUAUGGUAGAAUGGUUAAUACUUUGGAACCUAUCACAACUAGAAAAUUUAAAGAUGCCAGAACUGAGUUGAUCCCAGUACAAAAUGAGGCGAUUGCAACAUUGUGUAAAUUGUAUAUUACGAGUGCCGAUGCAAAUGAAAAGUUUGAUUUGUUCAGAAAGUGUUGUGAACUUCAUUGCAAACAGUAUCGUGAUGCAAUGAUUGGAAAAGGGUUUGAGAGACACUUUAUGUCUAUUAUCCAAAUAUUGAAUAAACCCGAGGCAGCCAGAAGGUUGAACGCAAUCAAUCCUCACUUGCAACCAAUUCCUGAUUUUGCUGGCAAUAGUAUAAGCUUACCCUUGUUGUUUAGUUAUUGUGUUGAAACAUUAUCGAGGCCAGAGCUAUUAAUUUCAAAUUGUGGUAACCCUGCGUUGAGAUUAUUUGGGAUUCCUCCUGCAAUUGACCGAGGCUUUGGUAUUGCUUAUAUAAUCCAUAAUGAUAAAGUCAAGAUGACUAUUUGUUCAAAGCAUAGGCAAAACGACCGGUUUUUGGAUACUUUCCAUCGUGUGGUACAUGAUUUGAAAAUCAAUAUGAGGUCAAGAUCUUCAAGUAUUGGUUUAUUUGUUAGUGAUUCUCAACAAAGAAAAUUAGAGGUUCAGAAAUUGAGAAUAGAGCAUGAAUUAAGUACUACUUCUUUGGAUACACCAACCACCAAACAUCCAAUUCAAUUAGCACUCGGAGCGAAAACCGACUCUAUGAUUGAAGUCAAACAAAAUGGUAGUGGUGGCGCUAAUAAUGUUAAUGGUGGUGAUAUUAAAGUUGAUGGUGGCAGCAGCACCACCAAAAGAAAGAAUUCUAGUAGUAGUGAAAACGAUGAUGAAGCUGAAGAAGAUGAUUAUGAAUUGAUGGGUGGUUAUGGAUACUUUGAAUAUGGUAAUGUAGAUUUGAGAUUUGCUGAGGAAUUAGCAAGAAGUAACGUAUCAUCACACAUCAAUAGUCAGCACCAUUCCCAAGUGUCAAGUGUCCUUAGUUCAAGACGUCAAUCAUUAACAAACUUGCCAAAGAUGAAUGAUAUCAAACAUAAAUUAUCCUUGAAUGAACGUAUUAGAGACAAGUUGUUACACGGCGAGGAUAACAUUCAUAUACAAACCCCACCUUGUUCUUGGACUACCACACCAGAAGAAACUCUUGUUCAAGAACAACAAGAAGUGUUAAACAUCCUGCCAUUUAUUGGUAAAAGCUCGAUUGGAAGAAGACUCGAUAUAACUAACUAUCAUUAG